AUGUCGUCGAUGCGAGGUCUUGUGCAAUUCAUUGCGGAUCUUCGAAAUGCUAGAGCCCGGGAGUUGGAGGAGAAGCGAAUCAAUAAGGAACUGGCAAAUAUAAGACAAAAGUUUAAUGACGGAAAUCUCAAUGGAUAUCAUAAAAAGAAAUAUGUUUGCAAGCUCUUGUACAUUUACAUUCUUGGCUGGAAUGUCGAUUUUGGUCACCUGGAAGCCGUCAAUCUUAUCUCCGCGACCAAAUAUUCCGAAAAGCAGAUUGGAUAUCUGGCGGUCACACUCUUCUUCCACGAGCAGCAUGAACUACUUCAUCUUGUCGUGAACAGCAUUCGCAAGGACUUGUUGGACUACAAUGAGCUGAAUAAUUGCUUGGCACUACAUGCAAUUGCCAAUGUUGGUGGUAGAGAGAUGGGCGAGGCAUUGAGCGCCGAUGUACACCGUUUAUUAAUUUCGCCGACAUCAAAAGCUUUCGUUAAGAAAAAGGCCGCAUUGACAUUGCUGCGACUAUAUCGCAAAUAUCCUGGUAUUGUGCAGCUGGAAUGGGCAGAGCGAAUCAUUUCGCUCAUGGACGAUCCUGAUAUGGGCGUGGCCCUUUCGGUCACUUCGUUGGUCAUGGCUUUAGCGCAGGACAACCUCGACCAGUACAAGGGAUGCUAUGUCAAAGCGGCUAGAAGAUUGAAGAAGAUUGUUGUGGAUAAGGAUUAUGCGCCAGACUACCUUUACUAUAAGGUACCUUGUCCGUGGAUCCAGGUUAAGCUUCUGAGGCUGCUACAAUAUUACCCCCCUUCUGAGGACACUCAUGUGCGUAGUCUGAUCAGGGAGGGGCUGCAAACGAUAUUGGAUGCUGCCAUGGAGAUGCCCAAGAACGUCCAACAGAACAAUGCUCAAAAUGCCGUUCUCUUUGAGGCUAUAAAUCUGAUCAUUCACCUCGAUACGGAGCAUGAUUUGAUGGUACAAGUCUCUUCGCGACUUGGUAAAUUCAUCCAGUCGAGGGAGACAAACGUCAGAUAUCUUGGUCUCGAAGCAAUGACCCAUCUCGCCGCGCGAUCAGAGACUUUGGAUCCUAUCAAGCGACACCAGAACAUUAUUAUUGGUUCUCUCCGGGACAGGGACAUUAGUGUGCGUCGAAAGGGUCUUGAUCUCCUUUACAGCAUGUGCGACGCCUCCAAUUCCCAGCCGAUUGUCUCGGAGCUACUGAAAUAUCUUCAAAACGCCGACUACGCUAUCCGCGAAGAGAUGGUACUCAAGAUUGCCAUUUUGACGGAAAAGUAUGCUACGGAUGUACAGUGGUAUGUUGACAUAUCGCUUCGGCUGAUUGCAAUGGCUGGCGAUCAUGUCAGCGACGAGGUGUGGCAGCGUGUCAUCCAAAUCGUUACGAAUAACGAAGAACUUCAAGUUUAUGCUGCGCAGAAUAUUCUGCAGUACGUCAAAGCGGACCAUUGCCAUGAGACCCUUGUCAAGAUUGGUGCGUAUCUACUGGGAGAAUUCGGUCAUCUUAUCGCCGACAGCCCGGGUUGCUCUCCGAUCGAACAGUUCUUAGCGCUGCAGGCCAAGUUUCAGAGCUGUUCAACAAGUACGAAAGCAAUGCUCCUGUCCUCCUUUAUCAAGUUUGUCAACCUAUUCCCUGAGAUUAAGCCACAGCUGCUGCAAGUAUUCAAAGCCUAUAGUCAUACUUUGGACUCGGAAUUGCAGCAGCGGGCAUGCGAGUACUUGACUCUGGCGACUCUUCCAACAGACGAUCUUUUGCGAACAGUAUGUGACGAGAUGCCACCCUUUCCUGAGCGGACAUCAGCAUUACUUUCUCGGCUCCAUCAAAAACACGCAGGCACAAGCGACAAACGGACAUGGGUCAUUGGUGGAAAAGAUGCGAAUGCGGACCCAGCUGAAUUCAAUUUGGUGCAAAACACUGGUCUCAAGCGAUCAUUCACCAACGCGGGAGCCGCAGCCAAAGCGAACGGCAAACCAGCAGCUCUUGCUCCAUCCGCAACAAAUGGAACCAGUACUUCUCUGGCGAAGGAUCUUGCGGGCCUGGAUCUCAGCGCUGAUACGCCGACAAGUUCCCAGGCGCCAAACCUUGCCAGCGCCGCACAUCUCAGUCCCGACUGGCAGAUUGGUUACAACCGCCUACUGCUGCGCCCAGAGGGUGUGCUUUACGAAGACGUGCAAAUCCAAGUGGGGCUGCGGUCCGAAUAUCGCGGUCAAAUAGGCUGCGUGAUUUUGUAUUUUACCAACAAGUCUUCUGCUGCAAUCGGGUCCUUUACGACAACCAUUGAUAACCGCUCCGCCGACCUUUUGAAAAUCGACACCAAACAGCUUCCCGACGAAACCAUUUACCCUGAUGGCCAAGCGCAGCAGAUGAUCAUGUUUGAAGCAAAAGGACUCUUUACUGACCCGCCCACCAUUCGCAUCUCAUAUCUCGCAGGCGCUCUACAAGCCCUCACUCUCCAGCUGCCCGUCGUGCCACACAAGUUUAUGGAUGCCGCUGGAUUGAACGCGGAAGACUUUUUCAAACGGUGGCGCCAGAUUGGCGGACCCCCGCGCGAGGCACAAAAGGUGUUUGGUCUCGUGGGCAAAGGUCGCACGAUUGAUCCGGUCUUCACAAGAAACGUUGUCGAGGGAUUCAAAUGGGGCGUUCUCGAUGGAGUAGACCCUAUUCCAAAGAAUCUCGUGGGCGCUAGUGUUUUGCAUACGAGCGAGGGCGGCAAAUUUGGAUGUCUCAUGAGGCUGGAGCCUAAUUUUGAGACCAAGAUGUACCGACUGACUAUCCGAGCCACGGAUGAAAAUGUCCCAGAAUGCUUGCUCAAGGCCAUGGUCGAUCGACUUGCGCAGGGUAUAUCUGCGGAUGGUAUGGCCAAUGGUCGCUAA